UUAAAUUAAUACGGCGGAUCGAGAAGUGAGCACAGCUUUGCAUGUGGGAAACAUUAAACUAUGAGAAAGCAAAAUUCAAAAGACUCGGGCGUCCCGACUCUGAUUCAACUCCCAUCUUCCUCCCCAAAGCUGUAAAUCAUUUAUUCACGACUUUCGAACCUCUCAACUCUCCCAUCCGUAGGCGUAGCAGUCAUGUCUCCCUCACCCCUCCCCCACCCCUUCCCUUUAUCGUACGACGCUGCCCACCCACCUCAGUAAUCAUGGGCUUCCUCUCCUGCAAUGCUGAAUCUGCAGCCGCCACCUGUGAUUCCCACUACUGGGACCUCAAGAAGAAGGCUUCCAAGUCCAACAGAACCAGAAGAAGAACUCAUAAUGUGCAUAAGCUCGUAGACAUCAGAAAGUUUCAGUUUUCCGAGCUCCUCGCAGCCACCGGCGGCUUCUCCGCAGACUGCUUCUUGGGCAAAGGCAGCCAUGGCAGCGUCUACAAAGCUAUCCUCGACGACGGCAAGCUUAUCGCCGCCGUCAAGAGAACAAAGUUCUCCAAGCCUCAUGUCACCAACCUCCGCAACCACUCCGCCAACUGUACCGGUUGUGCUAACUGUACAAGCCCCGCAGAGAACGAGAUCGAAAUUCUCUCACGGGUUCGGAAUCCUCGCCGCUUCGUCAACCUCAUUGGAUUUUGCACCGAUUCCAACGGCAGUCAGUUAAUUGUCGUUGAGUAUAUGCUCAACGGUUCUCUCUACGACGCCCUGCACUGCACCACCAGACCGCCGGGUUGGAGCCGGCGGGUCCGUUUCGCUCUGCAGGUGGCAAAAGCUGUGCUGGCGCUUCACUCUUCUAAUCCCCCGGUGAUCCACCGGGACAUAAAGUCGUCCAACGUUCUGAUCGACGAGAAGGGGAAGGCGAGGCUGGGCGAUUUCGGGCUGGCACUGAGGGGACACGUAGAGGACGUUCGUGUGAAAUGCACGCCACCGGCUGGGACGAUGGGGUACCUGGACCCGUGCUACCUGGCGCCGGGGGAUGUGAGCGCGAAGAGCGACGUGUUCAGCUUUGGGAUCCUGCUGCUGGAGAUAAUCAGCGGCAGGAACGCCAUCGAUUUGAAUUACAGCCCGCCCUCCGUGGUGGACUGGGCCGUGCCGUUGAUAAAGCGCGGGGAAUUCCUCGGAAUCUGUGACCGGCGAAUCGGGAGGCCAUCAGACAAGGCGAUUAUAAGGCAGCUGGGAACGUUGGCGGCGAAGUGCGUGAGGUCGACGGCGGAGAAGAGACCGUCGAUGUCGGAGGCAGUGGAGUGGCUGGAACAGGUGAGGAAGAGGGUUGAGGCGACCCCCAUAUGGAGGGGUCUGAGGCGGCGAGAGGAGAAUAACGCGGAAUUGGGCGAAAGGAGGGAGGAAGCGGGAAGAAUAGUGAGAGGGGGAAGCAGAAGGAACGGGAAAGUGUCGAGCGUGGGGGGUGCGGAGCAGGAGAAUGAGACGAGUGAAGCUAGCAAUGGAGUGUCCAGGUCGAGAUCAAUGCCAACCGGGAAUGUGGGUGGGAUCGUGAGGAGGCUCAACAGGUCAAGGUCGAUGUCCGUGGAGGGUUUGGCGAAGUUCAAUUCACGUGCAGAUUUACACGAGACGCAAGACCUUCAAAACCACAUUAACAACCAAGCAGCUUGUUAAUUAUUAAUGAUAUCCUAUUAAUCCUCCAGAUUAUUAGGCGCCGGAUAUAGUAUAAACGUGGAGUUAUCAUAUUUUCCCGUCUAUUUGUUGGGCAUCAUUUAUACUGAUCUGGCAGUGUGUCGGAACACAUACACCAUGAUUAUUCAAUUGUACGUGCGUACCUUUGGUUUG